AUGAAUUUACUCGCCAAAGCGAAAUUUUCCAUUAGAGGCGGCUUUUUACCCUUUCGAUCCAUCGCCGUACUUCAACAUUGGAGUUUAUACUGUACCAAAACAGCUCCGUGCAGCUCCAUAACCCAACGAGUGGCAGAGAAUCUCGGAGUCCAGAAGACCUCCGAUUCGAGCCUUCCUCCGACGUUCAAGGAACGGAGAGGUCCGGCGAUCGACUGGCCGAGGCCGUUAGAGAUUCCAUUCCAACCUCGGGUCGCCAACGCCGUGAAUUUGAUCGGCCACGUGAAAACCCCGGUCCAUCUCGAGUCCGGCGCCGAUGGGAAUCGCGUGGCCUCGGUUUUGAUUUUUCAGGAUUGUGGCGGCGGGCUUGACACUCUGUUGAUCCCCGUUGUGUUCGAAGGCGAUUUGGCUCAGGUCGUGGCCCUUCACGUUAAGGAGAAGGAUCGUGUUUUUGUUUCGGGGAAGCUGAGAAUGGGCCCCACGAGAUUCGUCUUCGCCGACGGUUACGGCAAGUUCCAUCUCGUGGCCGAGAAUCUCAAUUUUGUCGAGGGCUAUGCGAAAAAGGCUGUUUCAUCUGCAAAAAUCGAGAAGCCUUUGGUUGGAAAGGCUGAGGAGGUGGUGCAAAUUGAGAAGACUUUGGAUGGAAACACUGAAGGUGUUGUGAAACAGGUGGACUGGAAUGAGGCACUUGAACGUUUCAAUGCCAAGAGAGUUUCCGGCGAGAGCAAUUGGUGGGUCUCAAGUCCUGUUACUCAGCAGUCGAACAAUGAGGUGAACGAUUUGAAUCGUAUCGAGUCUAAGCCUGAAAAGGGUUACGAGAAAAUUUUACCGAGUAGUAGCACGAAGAAGAAUGAGGACCCGAGCUUGGAUUUGUGGAGGGAUCUUUUGAAAAGCCCAAAACAGUGGUGGGAUUAUCGUGGUCACAAGUCUAAUGGGCUGGUCAAAGAAAGACACCCCGACUUUAAGCACAAGGAUUCUGGAAAUGGGCUUUGGGUUGACCGUGCCCCUGACUGGGUUUUGCCGGGACUCACAAAAUUAGAGUUUGAUAUUAAGUUCUUGAGAACCAGGCUGUCUCAAGGAGGUGAAGGGGAAGAUUCUUGGACAAAUUUGGUGGAAAAUCCGAAUAAAUGGUGGGAUUAUAGAUUGCGCAAGAAAAAUCCGAGAUCGCCCGAUUUUAAGCACAAGGAGACAGGCGAAGGAUUGUGGUUAAAUGACAUGCCGGAAUGGGCUUUGUCGAGGUUACCCCAAUCGAAAGCAAAAGGUAGUGAAGGGGUUGGCGAAACAAAGGAGUUUGAAGUGAAGUUUGUGACAGAAAAUCGAGUUCAAGGCGCGAAAGGGGACGAUUCUUGGAGAGAUUUGGUGGAAAAUCCGAAUAAAUGGUGGGAUAACAGAUUGGAAAAGCAUAAUCCGAGGUCGGCCGAUUUUAAGCACAAGGAGACAGGUGAAAGAUUGUGGUUACGUGACAUGCCGGAAUGGGCUUUGUCGAGGUUACCCCAAUCGAGGUUUCGCCAAUCAAAAGCGGAAGGUGGUGAAGGGGUUGACCAAACAAAGGAGUUUGAAGCGACGUUUGUGACAGAAAAUCGAGUUCAAGGUGCGAAAGGGGACGAUUCUUGGAGAAAUUUGGUAGAAAAUCCGAAUAAAUGGUGGGAUAAUAGAUUGGGCAAGAAAAAUCCAAGGUCGCCCGAUUUUAAGCACAAGGAGACAGGCGAAGGGUUGUGGUUAAGAGACAUGCCGGAAUGGGCUUUGUCGAGGGUACCACAAUCGAGGUUCCACCAAUCAAAAGCGGAAGGUGGUGAAGGGGUUGGCCAAACAAAGGAGUUUGAAGCGAAGUUUGUGACAGCAAAUCGAGUUGAAGGCGCGAAAGGGGAAGAUUCUUGGAAGGAUUUGGUGGAAAAUCCGUAUAAAUGGUGGGAUAAUAGAUUGGGCAAGAAAAAUCCGAGGUCGCCCGAUUUUAAGCACAAGGAGACAGGCGAAGGGUUGUGGUUAAGAGACAUGCCGGAAUGGGCUUUGUUGAGGUUACCACAAUCGAAGGAUGGGAAAAAGAGUAUGCAGGCUCCUGAAAGCGUUUGA